AUGAAUUGCCAAAAAGAGUAGGCUGAAGAUUUUUAUGGUGUUUUGGCUUUAUCUAUAGAGUUUGAUGAAGUAGUAUUAUAGAUUCUUCUGAAAAUAUUCAAAAGAGAGAAAAUCUAAGAUUGUCUGGAAUUUCUCUCAUAAGAUUAAAUUCAAAAGCAAGUCGAAUAAGAAAUAUUAUAGUUAGAAAAUUCAUCACUAUUGAGUAAGGAUUAGAUGCUCUAAGUUGGAAAGAAAAACAUUAAGAAAAUAACAGAUACUCUCAAAAAAAUUAAGGGUCAUGAUUAUAAUAAACAAACUUAUUCGUUAGAAGACUAUGAAGAAAUUUAAAAGGAAUUGAUCAUAAAAAUAUCAUGGGAGAAGAAGAUCAUUGUCUUUCUAAAAUUUUUAGUUCAUCUUACAGCCUUAGAUGAGAGAUAUAUAUAGUGUGGAUCAAAUUCUUUUCAUUUAUUAGUUUAAAUGAAGGUUGAUUUGAAGGAAUAAUGUUUUGAGAAUAUUAGAAUUAGAAAUACUUCCUUAAUAGGAGCAAAUUUAGUAAGAUGCGACUUAAGUGGAUCUGAAUUUGAAAAUAUCAUUAUUAGCGGAAUGAAUUUGAAUUAAGCAAAAUUAUUUAAUUGUAAGUGGAGAAAUAUUGGUAUACAAGAGUAAAUUAUGUUAUAUAGUCAUUUUGAUUAGGUCAAUUAAGUUUGUUUUUCUCCAAAUGGUAAGUUCUUAGCUUCUUGUAGUGUUGAUAAUUCAAUUAAGUUGUGGGAUUUUAAAACAGGAAAAAUAAAGUCUAUAUUAUAAGGAGAGAGUGAGAUAAAAUCAGUAUGUUUCUCUAAAAAUAGUACUGUAUUGGCUUCAUGUUGUGGAACAUUUUUGUAUUUAUGGAAUCUAAAAUCAGGAAAAUAAAUAUCUAAAUUAAUUGGUCAUAUGGAUGAUAUAAAUACUGCCUGUUUCUCUCCUAAUGGUACUAAAUUAGCUUCUUGCAGUGAUGAUACCUCUAUCCGUUUAUGGAAUGCUAAGACUGGCUAAUAAUAGUUAAAAUUAGAAGGUCAUGAAGAUUAUGUAAAUGUAGUUUGUUUCUCUCCUGAUGGUACUACAUUAGCCUCUGGUAGCGAUGAUAACUCUAUUUGUUUAUGGGAUGUUAGGAUGGGAUAAUAAAAAGCCAAAUUAGAUGGUCAUUCAAGUUGUGUUAAUUCUCUCUGUUACUCUCCAGAUGGCACUACAUUAGUCUCUGGUAGUUCUGAUGACUCUAUCCGUCUAUGGAAUGUAAAGACAGGAUAAUAAAAGUAAGAAUUAAAAGGUCAUGAAGGUGGUGUUAAAACAGUUUGUUUUUCUCCUGAUGGUAUUACAUUAGCAUCUGGUAGUGAUGAUAACUCUAUUCAUUUAUGGGAUGUUAGGAUGGGAUAAUAAAAAGCUAAAUUAGAUGGUCAUUAAUACUAGGUUAAUACAGUCUGCUUCUCUCCUGAUGGUUCUACAUUAGCAUCUUGUAGCGAUGAUAAGUCUAUUCGUUUAUGGGAUGUUAAGAAAGGAUAAUAAUAAGCCAAGUUAGAUGGUCAUUAAUAUUAGGUUAAUAGAGUCUGUUUUUCUCCAGAUGGUUCUACAUUAGCAUCUGGUAGUGCUGAUAGGUCUAUCCGUUUGUGGGAUGUUAGGACAGGAUAAUAAUAAGUCAAAUUAGAAGGUCAUGUAGGCUGGAUAAAUACAGUCUGCUUCUCUCCUGAUGGUACUACAUUAGCAUCUUGUAGUGAUGAUAUGUCUAUCCGUUUAUGGGAUUUAAAGACAAAAUAAUCUAUAGACAGAUUAGAGGGUCCAUCUAGUUUAUAAAAUGGUAUUUAUUAACAUUAUUCUAGUUGAUAUCGAUCGUACAAUACUCAGAAUAUGUCAAAAUCCAAUUUUGGAGGCUUAAGGUGCAUUAAUUUUGAAAGGAGAAUUUGUAAAUUAUUAAGGUGUAGAUCUAAAAUCAUUAUUCAAAUCAAAGGGAAGUUUUAUAUUAAUCAACUAUAAAGAAUUUAAGUAAAAUUGA